CGUUUCGAUGACGGCGGCGACGUUCGACGAUGGAUGGUCGGAAUCCGUCGAGUUGGAAUAACAGGCAAUAGUGUAGGGAGAGGUGCUUACUAUACUUACUGCUCCGUUGCAUUCAGCCGUACGGGUUCAAAUUGGCAUUUGUCGAGUGAGAUUGUGUGCGUGCCCCUGUACGUGUACCAGUUCUUGGUCGACGUGUGCCCGUUCUUCCGAUAGUGUGAGUGGGCGAGGAACACAGUCGUGCUAGAAAAUUUUCGUGUGUGAACAUCAUCAACCAGCGAAAAAAGGCUAGAAGGCCAGAGCUCGAAGACUUCCGCGAGAAAGUUUUUUUUUUCCCCUUGAUCCUACUAAGCGAAAUUCACACCCUAAGAAUGUGUAAUAUGUGCGAUUAUUUUCUAAUUUGCAAACCAAAGUAGUUAACUCAAAGUGUAGCGAUAGCAUAGAAAAGUGAUAAAAAGCAAGAUUAUUGCUAACUAACAAAGUAAACCAAUCGAUCCACGCGUGGUUCCUACAGUGUCUUUCCCGUGCAGCUGGUCGAUGGUGGACAUGUCAUGAGAAUCAACAGAAUCGACGAUAGAAUGGAUGAAAAUAGUUCGCUGAACCACCAGAAUGGCGGUGGCCAGCUGGGCGGAAUGGGCGGUGCCGGAAGCGGAAUCCAGUCUGGCGGUGGCCUCGGUGGAGUCAUGAACAACAACUCGGGUGGCAUGAACAAGAACCCGAACAUGGGAGGCGGGGGUGUCGGAAUGGGACCCGGCGGCCAGGACGAUCAGAACAACAAAACUCCUCCGACCCAGUACUCGAUCCCGGGGAUCCUACAUUUCAUACAGCAUGAGUGGGCUCGGUUCGAGCUGGAGCGCUCACAGUGGGACGUUGAUCGUGCCGAACUUCAGGCUAAAAUCGCAGUGUUACUUGGCGAGCGGAAAGGUCAGGAAUCUCUCAAGUCCGACCUGAUAAGGCGUAUUAAAAUGUUAGAAUAUGCACUGAAACAGGAGAGGGCGAAAUUUCACCGGUUAAAGUACGGAGUUGAUCCCCCGAUGAAUGAUAUUAAACCCCCAUCAGAUGAGCCGGGUAUCGGCACAGAAGUUGCCCCAGAUCCAGAAGUACCGUACAGUUCCGUUUCGAACAUAACAUGGCGGCAAGGCCGGCAACUAUUGCGUCAAUAUCUGCAGGAAAUUGGAUACACAGAAACAAUCAUUGACAUCCGUUCGAACCGAGUCCGGUCGUUACUGGGACUAAACAACAACAGCGAACAGGAGGAGAAUGUCAAUCCGAACAUAAAUGGUGGCAGCGAAAACAACAAACGCGCAAGUGAAUCACAAGAAGGUCGUCGGACACCGGCGAAAAAAUCUCAACCCUCAUCAAUGACCGAAGCAAUGAUCCUGGACUCGGAGGCAGCUGUUAUAGCGAAUUUCGAAUUCCUAGCUCAAGCCGAUGCGGAAAUGUCUGACGACGACGACAUGUCAGACGAGAUUGGUGACAGUGAUGAAACAGACAUGAAGACGACAAAGCGAAAAGCCAAAGGUGUUACAAUGAAUGACGACGAUGUUGAUGCUGAAGCUGACGAAGUUAUCAAUGAAUUAAAUCAACUAACGGAAGGAGAAGACAGCAAUUUGACAGAAAACAGAAAAGCUGACGGAGGGGAUUUAUUUACUGGAUAUAACAAACCCGCCAUACCACGCCACCCUACGAUACCUGGGAUCAACAACGACGAAGAAGUAGACUCGUCGCUGGGACUGGGAGAGCUAGCGCAAUUAACGGUCAACAAUGAAGCCGAAUCAACAUACGAAGUUUCCAACGCCAAGGAACCAUAUCGUAAGACCUGGAACGCCAAAUACACCUUGCGGUCGCAUUUUGACGGUGUGAGGGCACUGGCAUUUCACCCGCAGGAACCAGUCCUUAUUACUGCCUCGGAAGAUCAUACAUUGAAGCUGUGGAACUUGCAGAAAACCGUGCCAGCCAAGAAGUCAGCUAGUCUUGAUGUGGAACCACUAUACACGUUCCGCUCACAUAACGGCCCGGUGCUGUGCCUGGCCAUGUCCGCCAGCGGUGAACAGUGCUAUUCGGGCGGACUGGAUGGGGCCAUCAAUUGCUGGAAUCUGCCGAAUUCCAACAUCGAUCCGUAUGAUAGUUACGACCCAGAGGUGAUGAAAUGUACGCUGGACGGACAUACUAACGCCGUUUGGGGACUGUCGGUUAACCACACGAAAAAUAGUUUGGUAUCAUGCUCUGCAGAUGGGACCGUUAAAUUAUGGACACCUUCCGGCAAGAUCCCACAACAGCUGACAACAUUUUCUUCCGAAACAGAAGGUGUUCCAACGUCAGUUGAUUUCGUCCGAGAUCAAACGGACAGAAUAGUUGUUGCAUAUAGUAGUACGCAUUGUAUAAUCUACGACACAGAAACGGGUCGUCAGGUUGUAAAGCUGGAGGCCAGCCAGGAGAUGACAGGAAAUCUAGGCAAACAUAUUAACAAAGUGAUCAGCCAUCCGACGCUUCCGGUAACGAUUACGGCGCACGAAGAUCGACACAUUCGCUUCUGGGACAACACAACCGGGUCAUUGAUCCACUCUAUGGUGGCCCAUCUGGAUGCUGUUACUAGCUUGGCUAUCGAUGCCCAUGGUCUGUAUCUACUUUCCGGGUCGCAUGAUUGCUCCAUCCGACUAUGGCAUAUGGAUAACAAGACCUGUGUACAGGAAAUAACGGCACAUCGCAAAAAGUUUGACGAAAGCAUAUUAGAUGUUGCAUUUCACCCAUCCAAACCAUACAUUGCUAGUGCCGGUGCUGACGCAAUAGCUAAAGUGUUCGUUUAAUGUGUAUUCUCUCCCAAUGCGCUACACGAUUGCGCUUCUUCAAAAAAAAAAAAAAUCAGAAUGACACAUGUUCUUUAUAUGCUAAUAUAAUCGUAAAAGGCGGGCAGAGAAAUGAAACUUAAGCAAAACAUAUGGCGAUACGCGAAAGGCAAGAUAAAAAUGAAAAUAGUUGUUUUUAAUUAUCACGAACAUUCUAGUUACAAAUAUAUUGAUAAAAUGAAAAAAAAAAAUGAAACAAGCAACAACAGACUUAGUAGUAUGCAUGAUAACUUUUACAAAACUCACAUAAAAAUACACCCAACAUUACGAACACAACCAUACACUCACGUAUACAUUCAUAUACCAACUUAAAAAACACGAAAUCUUGGUAAAACUAUCGAAACAGAUAGACAGAAAUCUGGACAAAGGAAAUGAUAUCGGAAUAUGUAGAUUUGUUUGAGCUUUUGCGCUACUGAAUUUCUACAAAGGAAUGACAUAACUACUCAAGCAGAGUCGACAGCUUCGUUGAAAAAAUGAAAUAAAACAAAACAAACAGACAAACCAUAAGCAAAAAAUAGAUCCAAUAAACGAAUUUUGAUAGAUAAUUUAUAAACGAACAGAAAACAAAAAAAAAAGUGAACGCCAACAUCUAACGCUCUACAAACUAAUACUAGUAGAAUAGUCUUUCGGAAAGCUCCCAGUUUUACCUUACCCUAUUAAAAUGGUUAGGAUGAAAUCCGUUUAUACUCCUAAUACCCUACUUGGAAGAAGAAGAGCCGUCUUCUUCCGUGCUCCCCUUCAUUUAUUUGCAGCAUUAGCAAAACUGUGAAAAAUAGUCACCGUUUCGACGCGUCGAUGAAUUUACACAACCACAACAUUAUGUUUCCCACUCGAUAGUCUGUACAUCUAAUAAAUUUUGUUUUAAGCAGUGACGUAGAUUUUAUGUUUGAAGAAGCAAGCAAAAACCAGAAAAUACUUUAAGCAAGUUGAAAAGUAUAGAGGACUCAUUCAUGGAUUUCAACGUGAGUUUUAGAUCUUAGUGUAGAAAGUGAUAAGAAAUAAAGAAAAGAUAUAAAAUUUCAGAAGAAAAUAUGUAUAACUUUCCCCCUAAACACCUACACAUACACAAGCUAAAAAACUAAAAACAAAACAAAAUUAUUUUUAGGAAGCAAGCAAAUGUUAGUCACCGGAAAACUAGUAAACGAGCAUACUAUCUUUUAUUUCUCGUCUGCUUCGAAUUGGUUCCGAUACUGCGUGUUUCGAUUACAGCGGUUCGCUUUUCCACAUAAAACAAAUACAGGCAGUCCUGAUGCCUACAAUGACACCGAUCCCCGAGAUUUUCCGUGAGAACUGCGGAACGGAAAUCAAAAAUGAAACAAAGUAAUAAAAUGUAUUUAUUUUACUCAUAUAUUCGUAACACGUUGUUAAUUAAUGAUUUGAUUUAUUAUAAAUAAAGUGUAGAGUAAUUAUAA